AUGCACGAACACGAACUCUCUUACAUGGGCCCUCGGGCCUUCAACCACUCGCAAAGCACCGAUGCCGAAGCGGAAUACGACCGCCUCCGCGACCUCGCCCGACAAGAAGCCUCGAAGCGCGGGUCCUGUUUUCAGCGCUCCCAAGAAGCAUAUGCCUCGGGAGAUGGCGCCGCAGCAAAAGAGCUGAGCGAGCAGGGUAAAGCGCAUGGCCGCAAGAUGGAGGAGUACAACCGCCAAGCGUCGGAGUUCAUCUUCCGCGAGAACAACGCGCCGGGCCGCGUUGACGAGGAUACAAUUGAUCUCCACGGGCAAUUUGUUGAAGAGGCGGAGGAUAUCCUUGAGGAGAGGAUCAAGUAUGCGAGGAGUCAGGGGCAGAGUCAUUUGCAUGUGAUCGUCGGCAAGGGAAACCACUCCGCGAACCAUGUGCAGAAGAUCAAGCCGCGCGUGGAAAAGGUCUGUCGCGAGCUGGGGCUGCAGUAUGCGACGGAGGAGAACCAGGGACGGAUCUAUGUUAAUCUUACGGGUGGUGCGGCGGAUAGUAUUCCUUCGAAGCCGUCGCAUGGACAUGGGCAGCAACAGCACCAUCAGCAACCGCAUCACCAGCAGCAGAACCAUCAGCAACAGGAUAACCAGGACCAGGUUGAACAGGUGGUUAAUGCUAUUCUGCCGCGGUUGCUGCGGAAGUUGGAGAAGGCUUGCUGUGUGGUUAUGUAA